AUGGUUUCUCUGAAGCAAGAAGGAGGUUUAAGUCCAGAUUUCCAGGCAGUCUCACUACCUGUGAUUUUACCGAAAAGGUACGCUCAAGGAAACCGUAGAUGGGCAAUGGAUGCACGAUAUAGCUAUGAUGCAAGGGCGCCCUCUGCAGGCCACACGAAGGUCUUUGAACCCUUGUGCAGCUCCGGACGUAGCACAUGCCAGAAACAAGGAAAUGGAGGAGGGCAAGAACAGGGGUGUGAAGAUCAUUCACCGAUGAAGACAGACCCAGUUGGAUCCCCUUUGUCUGAAUUCAGGAGAUGUCCAUUUUGGGAGCAAGAACUGGCAAAGAAAUACUCCCAUAAAAUGGUAGAUUUACACUCAUGGGAGAGCUUAGCCUUUCAUGCUAGCCCCCUUGUGGUCAGAAACAGCUUCCCUUCUGGAAACUGCCUUAGGAAAAUUUUAAUAACGUUCUAUAUUAUCCCAUCCAACUCGCAGGCACUCUCAGACAGGUUACUGGAAAGAAUGCUUCCAAAAUACAGCUUAGAAAAGCUGAGAGGCAAAGCUUUACACGCACUGGAACAAAAUUCAUCCCAUUGUCAUCUGGGGCUAAGGAAGUAUCUAGGGGAGGUGGUUAGUCUUGAGAGGUGCAGCAUGAGUUUUGGUGAUUUUCUCUGUUACUUACCCCAGGUAGAGGACUUGCUUACUUCGUUCUGGAAGUCUCGGCCACAAGACACAGUCAUGCUGAUGUCAUUGCCUGACGUGUGCCAGCUCUUCAAGUGCUAUGACGCCCAGCUGUACAAGGGAAUUGAAGACGUUCUCCUUCAUGACUUCUUGGAAGAUGUUUCUAUUCAGUACCUGAAAUCUGUGCGGCUAUUUAGUAAGAAAUUUAAGCUAUGGCUUCUUAAUGCUCUGGAAGGUUUUCCAGCCUGCUCGCAGAUCUCCAAACUCAAAAAAGUUAUUCUGUUUUUCAAAAGACUAAGAAGAAAGACGUACCUUUCCAACAUGGCUAAGACUAUAAGAAUGGUAUUGAAAGGUAAGAGGUGAGUCAAUGUUCUGAAGUCGUAUCUGCAGGCCAUCAUCAAUCAAGACACUUUGGCUACUUCUAAGAAAGCCCUGGCGAGUGACCAGAGCGGACCAGAUGAGCUGGAGAACAACCCAGAGAUGAAAUGUAGUCUUCCUUCUGCAGCUUGCUUUAUUGGUGCGGCGGGCAUAGAUUUGGGGCUAGCAUGGCCAAGAUUAACUCAUGAAUUUCUUAAUAGAGGUAGAACUUUGUAACUCUGAUGUUCUAAGUUGUCUGCUCACAGUUCUUUUCCUGUAGUGGGGUGAUGAACACCCCAGGGAAUGCGCUAUCCCUGUGCCCCCAGGACCUACCCCAGGGCCAGACAGGGCAGCAGUGCUAAUACCUGCUGGUUGAGUUAAUGAAUGACUAGAUGAGUGUGCUUGCUGCUUGACAGUAUCACCAGAAUAUCUCCUGUGGGAAAAAAGUUUAGUUUCUGCAUCUGUGUUGUACAUGCACAGGCUCCUGUGUCUCCUCAAUCAUGCCUGAAUUGCCUUGAGCUAGAUGUCUGACUUGCUACAUUCUCCCACCACUCUUUUACUUGCAAUGUGAAGUUUAACAAUGGUGCCUUCACCAUAUUUCAUUACUUUCCAAACAAGUGAUAGGAAACAGGUGGAUAUUCUUGCCCUUUGCUAUUGAUCAUUGUCAUUGUUUUUCAAGAAAAAAAAUCCCCCUGGGGGAUUAUAACAACACAUAACAUAUAACACACACGACCUGCUGGCUGGUGUGUGUUAUGUCCCUGGCUAGUGAACAUAGUGGCAGAAGGAGCUCUCCAGGCUCAGAGAGCACGUGGGAGGCAGGGAGCUGCCAAAUGGUUACUGAUGAUGGAUUAUGGGCAUCUCUAGGCCCUCCUAUGAUGGCUACAGAGAGGGUGCCAGGCUCCCCUGUGUGUACCCUUUCCAAACUCUCACUACUAGAUAAACUCUCACUACUAGACUUACCUAGUAAGUCAAAUGGCCACUCCCUCUGUGGGCAUAACGCCUUGCUAGUACUCUCAGCUGUGUCUGUAGCUGCCUGCCCAGUUCUUGUGAGCUCCUUCAGGCCAUCAGCUGUGUCUUAUUCACCCUGGGCCACUCAGCAUUGCACUGGCCCACAGGAGCACUUCAGUGUUUUGUGACUUGAGAGAUACAUAAGCAACAUAUUUACAGGAGAAUGAGGGCAUAACAAUACCAAAAUAUCACAUUGAAGUACCUAGCAUGUGUAAACUACAUUUGUAUUAAGUCUUGAGGGAUCCUAGGGAGGAA